AUGGUACAACAAUUUACCAUGAAAUUCUUCCCACCAUCUCGAGUCCACCAAAUCAGAAAUGAAGUAUAUCUUUUCAGACAAGAGGAUCAUGAGACAUAUCCGGAAGCAUGGGACAGAUUCAAAAGUGCGAUCAGGAAAUGUCCAAAUCUUGAUGUUCCUAAACUGGCACAAAUAUAUCUAUUCUAUAAUGGACUGUACGCUGAAUUUCGCAAUAUAGUUGAUGCUUCUGCGGGUGGAUCAAUUUUGACUAUCGAGGUGGACGAUGCACAUAAUUUAUUUGAGAGGAUUGCUAAGAAUCAGGUCAAUUGGCUAACAGAUAGGGAAGGUCCGAGAAAAACAACUGGAUUGCAUAAUGUAGACGCAGUGACAGCAUUGGCAGCACAGAUGGAAGCAAUAACAAAGAAGCUUGAUACUUUAACUCAAUUUGUGCACAUGGUACAACAUCCAGCUCCGGUAUGCGUAGGUUGUGGGGUAGAUCACAUCACUUCAAGUUGCCCUUUUGCUUCUACUCACAUGGGUCAGUCAGCAGAGGUUAGUUAUGCGCAGAACUAUCAGAGACAAAAUGGAUCUUACCCAUACAACUACCAUCCGAGUUUGAACAAGCAUCCCAACUAUUCGUGGGUGGAUAAUCCAGAUCAAGUAAAUCAAAUGAAGGGCAAUCCAUCAGUAAUUCGGCAACAGCAAGAAAAUCAGGUGGGACAGAUAGCAGCUUCAUUAGCCAACAGACCACAGGGUACCUUGUCGAAUGACACAGAGAAGAACCCAUGGGAGCAGGUAUUAGUAGUUGAGACGGUAAAUUAUGCAACUAUUGAGCUCCCAUCUACUACAUCCACCACCCCUGCCAAAGCUUAUAUGCCACCCAUUCCAUUUCCUCAAAGACUUCAACGCCAGCCAACAGCAGAGCAGAAGACCAAAUUGGAGAAGGAAGCUAUGAAAUUCCUGGAAAUCCUCAAAAAGUUGCAUGUCAACAUCCCAUUCAUUGACGCUAUCCUUCAAAUCCCAAACUAUUCUAAGUUUUUGAAGGAGAUGCUGACUAAAAAGAGAAAGAUGCCCGAGCAUGAAACAAUAACACUAUCUAAAGAGUGUAGCGUUAUCAUCCAGCACAGGAUCCCUCCCAAACUUAAAGAUCCAGGGGGUUUCACUCUACCUUGCUCCAUAGGAAACUUACAAGGUAUUAAUUGUUUAAUUGAUUCAGGAGCAAGUAUUAACUUAAUUCCUUUGCCUCUUUACAGGAAAUUUGGAUUGGGAGAUCCCAAGGCGGCUUCUAUCAUCCUUCAGCUGGAGGACAAAACAUUGAAACAUCCCUAUGGAAUAGUCGAGAACAUGCUCAUCAAGACGGGAGAAUUUAUUUUUCCAGCCGACUCUAUCCUUCUAGACAUAGAAGAGGCAUCCCAAAUUCCAAUAAUACUAUGA